UCCUCCGUCCCAUUAAUUACAGCAUUUUGAAAACAGAAAGAUGAGAAAAUAAACCCAUUACAAUUUACAAACCAAUUCCAAUUUCCAAACACCAAAAAACUGUUGCCUUCCCUUCCGGCCUUCCAUAAUCAGUGACCGGAGAAACAAGAAAUAUUCAACCGGCGUUCCGCGUGUCUUUGCUGUAGCCUGUGGCCUGUGAGUUUGUGACGUGUAGUGCCUUGCGACUGUGUGAAGUGUACUGCCAUCCCAUUCAGACUCAGCCAUCCGCCGAGUCGUCGACCGCCUGAUCACUUCCCUCCAUUGGCACCACCGUGACACUGUCCACCUCUAAACGUUAUGGAGAAGUAUUUUAAACGUAAAUCUACGUUUUCUUGUGAUGAGCAAGAUGUUAAUAAAAGGAAUGUUCGAGAUAAAAUAGAUGAAAUGAAUGUUGGGGAUGAAAUUGAUGGAACUAAUCUUGAAGAUGGCCCGAUUCAAACAAAUGUCGAGGAUGUUGGGGAUGAAAGUCAUGAAUUUGAUGUUGCACAGCUACCUUCAGAUCCUGGAUUGAGAGUUCCAAUACAAAAUUAUGAUAUUAAUGUCCGAGAUGAAAUUCGAAGAACAUAUGUGCAACGGGGUCCUUGUCAGCCUCGCAAUCAUGAAUUUCCACCCACAAGAAUGGCUAACAAAGAUAGGCGAUUUUGUGUUUCAUGGUAUAAUGAGCAUCCUAGUUGGUUGGAAUACAGUAUAGCCAAAGAUGCUGUAUUUUGCUUUUAUUGUUAUCUUUUCAGUUCAAGUGGUGGUUCAUUUGUUAAUGGUGGGUUCUCAAAUUGGAAAAGGAAAGAGAUUAUUAGAAAACAUGUUGGGGCAUCAAAUAGCGCACACAAUCAGGCUCGAGUCCAGUAUGAAUCAUUCAAGAAUCAAGAACAAAGCAUUCAAACCUGUCUCUUUAAACAGUCGCUUCAAACUUGAACAGAGUAUCGAAUUCGUUUGAAUGCAUCAAUUGAUUGUGUUCGAUUUCUUCUACGACAAGGGUUGGCUUUUCGUGGACAUGAUGAAUCUAAAGAUUCAAACAAUCAAGGGAACUUUCUUGAACUAUUACAUUGGUUGUGUGAUCACAAUACUGAGAUUAAGGCUGUUGCUUUGACGAAUGCACCUGAAAAUCUGAAAUUAACAUCACCACGAGUUCAAAAAGAUAUCGUGAGUGCUAUUUCUUCUGAAAUUCUAAACGUGAUUAUCAAAGAUGUUGGUAAUAGUUUCUUUUCUAUUUUAGUGGAUGAAUCUCGAGACAUUUCAGUGAAGGAGCAGAUGUCAGUUGUCAUUCGUUAUGUGAAGAAUGGACGUGUAUUGGAACAUUUUAUCGGUGUUAUACAUGUUUCGAGUACCACAGAUGUCUCACUUAAAGCUGGAAUUGAUCAAUUAUUUUCCACACAUAGUCUAAGUAUAUCUAAUUUAAGAGGUCAGGGAUAUGAUGGAGCUAGCAAUAUGCGAGGUGAGUAUAAUGGUCUCAAAACACUUAUUUUGAAAGAAAAUUCAAGUGCCUACUACAUUCACUGCUUUGCUCAUCAACUUCAACUGGCUCUUGUAGUUGUGGCACAGAAACAUCCAAAGAUAGAAACUUUUUUCACUUCAGUACACAGAUUGGUGAAUGUUGUAGGAGGAUCAGCUAAACGAAAUGAUCUUAUUCGAGAGAAACAAAGAUUGAAAAUUCUUGAAUCACUUAGUACGGGUGAAAUAUCAAGCGGGCGGGGUCUCAAUCAAGAAACUACUCUUAAGCGUUCUGGUGAUACACGUUGGGGAUCUCACUACAGUUGUUUACUUAACUUGAUAGUCAUGUUUUCAACCACUGUUGAUGUUGUUGAGAUGAUUGCUACUGACACUACAAGUUCUGGAACAAGAGGUGAUGCAUGUAUUUUAUUGGAGUUGAUUUUAAAAUUUGAAUUUGUAUUUAAUCUACAUCUCAUGAGAAAGAUUUUGGGAAUUUCAAAUGAAUUGUCGAAAGCAUUACAAAGAAAAGAUCAAGAUAUUGUUAAUGCCAUGAGAUUGGUACAAUUAUGUAAAGCACAGCUCCAAACCAUGAGAGAUGAUGGAUGGGAUUCUUUUUUUGGAAUGG